GCAAACAAACCUGUCCACGCUGCUGCUGCUUGUUCUUCACCUGUUGUCGUCACUUAUAAUCAGGUAACUGCAGCAGACCCCACUCUGCGUGUGUGUGCGUGUGUGUGGACGUUGUCACGCGGUAUUACUCCACUAUAACCAGUAAAAAACCCAGUAUUAACCUGUAUUAACCAGUAUUAACCUGUAUUAACCAGUGUCACGGAGCGGCGGGAAUCAUUCACUCAUUCAUUUAUUCAUUCAUAACGAGUUUGUGAGCCAUGAAUCCACCGGAUAACAGAGACGAAGUGAACACGACAGGUCACUACAUGCCUCAGUUGUCUUCGUCCUCCUCUGCAGGAGCAGCAGGUGGAGAAGGAGGAGGAGGAGGAGGAGGAGGAGGUGGUUUGUAUCUGGACGCCUACGAAGUCUCCUUCCCUCUGGAGGAGCGUUUGGAGAGACCACCGUCUUAUCAUCACCUGAACCAGGGCCAGCAGAUGAUGGAUGAGCCUGUGGGGCAGGAGCCUGCUCACCCUCACUACAGCCCCUUCAUCCUGGUGUCAAACCUGCGCGCUCACCUGUACGUGGCUCUGGAGAAGAACGCCUGGCUGCAGAAACGCAUCGAGGAGCUGGAGGAGGAGCGCAACUUCCUGCGCUGUCAGCUCGACCGCUUCAUCGUCAGCAUGAGGAGCCCGGAGGAGUGGUGUGCAGAUGCUCAGCGCAGCAUGAAGGUCCAGCCCUCCUGCUCUCCCCCGCCUCCCUCACCCAUGACCACCCGCUCAGGAAUGACCCUCAAACGCCUGCAGGCGCCCGGCGCUCGGAGCCGCCGCGCCACCGCCGUCCCAGUCAAGCAGGAGUUCCACGUGGAGGAAGAAAAAUACUACACUGAGGACGAGUACCUGGAGGAAGAGGAGGAAGACGACGAUGACGAGGACGAGGACGCAGAGAAGGGGACGAAGAAGAAGAACCGAGGACGAGGCAACGCUGAGCCCAGGAUGAAGAUGAGGAGGAUCUUCAGGAUCACGCACGGGAGGGAGAGACAGAGAGUGAAAGAUCCAGACGGUGUUCUGAUCCGUUACAAGAAGAUUCUGUCCACGUACCAGCGCGUGAGGAGCAUGUCCCGGGCGUUCCAGAUCCACGGCGUCGACCGGAACACCAUGGCCUCCACCUCGCCCAUCGCCGAGCUGCUGCUGGUCGCUCCGGACAAGAUGGCAGAGGUGGGAGAGUUCGAGUCGUCGAAGGAGAAGCUGCUGGAUUACGCUCGCCGCUGCUACAAGACCAUGGACGAGCCGACGCACGGCAAAGUCCAGACCAUGAAGAAGAAUCACAAGCUGCUGCCCAUUUCAUACCGCUUCAGAAACUGAGCAGAGGCUCCUCACUGACGCACUCUGCCACUUAUUGUUAUGUAUUCAUUUAUUUAUCGUGCAGCAGGAUGUUUUUGUUUGAUUCACUGAGAGAAUCUGCAUCACGUUGACUUUAAUUCAUGCUGAAAACGUUCUUGUCUGUUUGAACGUUGGAUGAAAUCAGACGAGUUAAUUUUGUGUUUCUUUAAUUUAUGACCAACUAUUUUGUGUUUAUUUAAAAAUAUUGACAUUUGUCAUCAAGUAUCAUUGGAGAAAAAAAAGAGUUGCUGUAUUUGUUAUAUAAGCAAUAUAUAUUAUUUUUUGUUUGUUUGUGGCUUGUGUUGGAAGUACAUUUAAUUCUUAUUUAUAAUUUAUUUUGUUACAGUGUUUCCAUAUGUGCGUGUGUACAUAUAAGGAAUGAUGUUGAAUAAACAAACAUUUCAAGUGUUUAAUUCACAAUAUUACUGUUUGUUACUGUUCUACAUUCAUGUAUUCAUCACACACAGUUUAAGUUAUUCAUGACUAUUAGUU